UCAGUCUGGUCACGUGCGGGUUUGUGCAAUUAACGUUAGCUAGCUACUGUGUUUUCCUUUCGUGAACUGCUCUGUCUUGCCAGACAUAUUUAGUAACGUUAAUGUAUUAUUGCAGAAAUGUAACAGGAGUCGACUGUAGUUGCUAGCAAACGUUACAUAAAACCAGUCUUCCCAAAUAAUAGAAGAGGAGAGAGGACUUAAACGUUACAUGUUGGGCAUUAGCUACAAGCUAACGUUGCAACUAGGCAAUAAUACUUAACGUUACCUAGCUUAGCUGUGGGUUCGCUACUUUGACAGCUCUCAUUACUCGAACACUUGCAAUAUUAGCUACUAACGUUACUACAGCGAACACCUUAGUUAACGUUGCUGAAUUAUCUGGUUGGCAGUGCCGUUGAGCGUUAAACUGGUAAAGAACCCAGCCAUCUUAUUUGAAGUUUUUUAAUUUUAUUUGUACGAACAUAUUUUCCCUAUUUUGCCACAAUGUUCAAGCUUUGUCUUCAGAUAGCUCUACGACCCACCAUCUCAACAAGAACAGUGCUGGAAAGUGUCACGGUCAGAAAGGUUUUGAAGGUGUCCAACUUGCAAAGUUGUUGGAUGGGAACGCUCGGACGCAACGAGCCGCGGGAACCCCUAAACUCUCCGAAAAGAGCGAAAGAAUUCAUCUACAGCCUUCACCCCAAAGAAAGAACAUGUUUGCUGAAAGAACUGCAGAGCUUUGAAUCCAUAGCUAUAGCUCAAGGUAAGAUAACAGAUAUUGCAAGAAAGUUCCUCUCCCAUUUUAUAAUUAUUGACAUUCCUUCCCUCACUCCCUCUGCAGGCAGGGUGAUUUUGUGUUUCCUAUUCUUAUAGUGAUGUCAGGAAUGUUGAAACUCCCCACCCCAAGUUGGUCGCUAUCGUGGUGGGAACAGUGUCCUCCACUUUUAUCUAUUGGGAUAUUCUGGGCAACAUUUCAGUCAUACAUUUGUCAUCCUUAUUUUUAUAUUUUCAAUAGUCUAUGAGGAUAAAGUAAUUUCUGUUGUCAAAUCAACUGACAGGCUACCAUUUUUAGUUAAUUACAUUUUUCUUAAACUUGUUUGACCUGCACAACUAUGGGUGUUAUUUUAUUUUUUUAUCCUGAAGAAGUUCCUAAUACGGUGUGAAAGUGUCCCUCAGAUUUGUAGUUUAACUUUUGUAGCCUUUUUGAACGGCCUUCAAUAGGGGAAAACGUAGUGCAAUGGUCUUCAAGUGCAAAAACUUCAUAAAAGGCAUGUGGCAGAAGUAAAUUCAUCCACAAACACAUUU